AUGUCCGGGCAUGGUGCGCCCUCGGAGGAGGUCCCGGGUGCGAGCGACGCCCGGUUGAGUCUCGAUCAGACGUUCAAUCAUCCCGCGGGACUGCGAACUGCGAGGCACAUCGUGGAAGCGCUCCUCGAGAGAGCAGAGAUAUCCUCCGGUAGCAUCAUCCACAGACUGCCAGGAGAGAGGAGCUCGCAGACAUCGCAUGCACUGUUUGGCUCAAAUCCAGCCGUCAUGGAUGAUCUCAAGGAGAUACUUGCUUUUCGGGAAUCACCAUUUUCAAACGCGGGACGGAGCGAGGUUGAGGCUCGGGCAGGUAGUGUCACUCUGGGUGAUAGCAGAAGCAACCCGAGGUAUCCAAAUAAAAAUUAUUCCGCAUCAUCUUCCACUCUCACCUCCACCUCCACCGCCCGAACAAUCCUCCAACACCAAGGACACUCGUAUGCUAGGGAAGCAUGUCACAGAGACGGACACGCUUAUCCUGAUACGCAAUUUGCCGUCGAGAGCCGACCGCCUUCCACAGGACCUGCCUCUUCGUCGCUCGAUUCCGAAAACACCUCACAACCUCACCUUCCACAUCAUAUCGAACACCAAAGGUCAAGCGACGCCAAGGCCGAGUUUCUUCGCAGUAAAACAAUUGGGGAUACCACUGAGGGAGAGGAGGAAUCUACAGCGCUGAUUAGGUCAACUUUAUCCCAGACCCUCAGGAACUCACCAACCUCGGCCUUGCCGUCGACUCCUAAGACUCGUCGGCUGUCAUCUGGGCCUGCUAGUCUUGAUCUCCCCGCCAUAAGCCCUUCGUCGGCUUCUCGACCGCCUCCAUCUUCCACGGCUCAUCACCUUUUACCGCCUCUCGAUCUCGCCUCAAAUCAAGCAACCCGGUUAGGGUUCAACCCGUUCCAUACUAUCAAAGGCUUUCUGCCCGUCAAUAAGGCAAACGAAGCCAGCUAUUCGGCUAACAAACAGUUAACGCAAGCGCGUACGCUCUCAUCGAAUACUUUGCCAGCUCUCGGGACAGACGACGCUCUAAGACCAUCCAUUAUGGCUAAUACAACUGUAUUUGGGAAACAAACGGCUUCAGUGGCUGGAGAAGAAGCUACCCACGCGCAUCUCUCAACCUCCAAUUCCUCGGCGUCACCGACUCCCUGCCACAUUUUCUCCCAAACCACACUUGACUUCUCCCUUUCUGGUGAGUAUCAAAGUACUAUAACGAAAGGUCCACGUAAGAAGUCGGCUCCAAGAAAGCGCAAGGCGAAGGAGCUAUUGGGCCAAGACAUCUGGAUGCGAAUUCUUGAGUUCACCCCACCCACAUUCCUCAAAAAGGCCCGUCUCAUCAACCGAGAAUUCAAGGGUAUGGUGGACAAGUUCGACUCUAUCUUUGUGAAUUGUCGCAAGGAGAAUUAUGGUUGGGAUAUGCCUCCGCCUCCUCCCGGGAUGACGGAGAGACAAUAUAGCGACUUGCUCGGGGGCAAAGGUUGCCAGGAACCAGGCUGCGACAAUAAGAAAGCAACCCGGACGUAUUGGUCCUGGGCAAAGCGAUGGUGUUCUGAUUGCUGGGAGCACCGUAUUGAGAGAGAGGACCGCAUCUUCAAAAGGCUAUCGGCCAUUUACAGCAGGACGACACUAGUUAAGAUGCUAGAGUCCAUUCCCAUAGCAAUCCACGAUUCGUUCGUUAAACCGCACGACUACAUCGACGAUGUCGAAUCCCGAUCCCGUGGCCCCCCGCGCCUCUACAAGUGUUACUUAACUGAUGAUUUGUCCGAAAUCAUGGAAGAGUACGAGGCCCUGACCCCGCCGCCUUACAAGGACGAUCCGACCCAUACCCCUGCUCAGAAAUCAGCUGCUCUCGCCGCGCACAAGGUCCUGAUGGAUGCGUUGGACGACAAACGCUCUGAAUUCUUCGCUGCCAAGAAGGCAAAGAAUGAUGAACACAUGGCAAAGGUCAUGAAGAUCGAAGUUGCUAUCAGAAAUAAGCGACAAUUGGAACGUAUACCCAGAGAUAAAGCUCGAAGAUCUCGUAUCGCUUUAUUUACUCGCCGAGCUCAGGAGGAUCUCCCGCAUCUUAGCGUUGAUUUCGUACAAAAGACGCUUUCAUUUAAGGCUGCCUGUCGCAUUUACCGUGAUGGCGGCACUGAGCGCGGAUGGCGUGCACUGAAGCCAAAGAUUGAGAGGGAAUGGGAGGAAUCCGAUCAGAACCCGGCCAAUGGCACUACAGAGGAUCUACCAACCUCACAGAACGCUGCCACAGGCGAAUUUGAGAGUGGCAUUGAUGAGCCUGAAGACUUCGAGCUGCAUCAAGCUGAUAUGAUGUCCAUGAACAAUGAGCAGUAUGCUUCUUUCCGCAACCGCACUGAGCAUCAAGUCCUUCCCCGACCUAAUAAUUUCCCAAACAUGGGAUCUGGAGCUUCCACACCAGGAAUCCUUGGGUCAGUCAUCAACCAUCGCAACAACUUCUUUGGGCUUGCCUCUUCUCAUCAGUCGGCAUUCUCCCGCACGACCCUUCCGUAUCCUGGUCAAAACCUCCCAAACAGCCAUGUUCCGUCUUCAUCUCGUCCAUCGCCAGUGGUUGCCAGCUACAUAUCGCUUUUCCCCCACAUGAAUCAAAACUCCUCUGCUAAUCUUUCUGGAUUGCCUCGGCCAAACCCAGCGACGCUCAACGCGCUGAGCACCCACAUCCCAGUCAACUCUCUGCUUCGGCCACCAACUCCUGCAGGAGGCCCGAAGUGCUUUCCUUUUAUUUGA